AGAUAUAGAGAUGCUUGAAGAUGCAACCUGUUUAAAUACAAACAAGAGACAACUAUCUCGAUCACCAACACCAGAUUAUGUUUUUCAGGAAAUUUCAGAUGAAGAAUGCUUAAAAAAAAAAAAAAACUAUAAUGAAUUGGAUAGAAAAUCUACACGUGUUAAAAUCAAGUUAAACAAUAAAGGAAAUGCAUCUCAUUUAAAUAAUUCAUCAACACCAAAAUAUGAUCCUUUGGCAUAUAUAUUUGGAGAAAAUGAUUUUUCAUAUAUUUUGACACUUAAACCAGAUCAUGAAUCGCGACCAUUAUGGAUUAAUCCAUGUGAUGGUAAAAUUAUUUUAGAAGCAUUUUCUCCACUAGCAGAGCAAGCACAAGAUUUUUUAAUUACUAUUGCAGAACCAGUGAGUCGGCCAGUACAUAUUCACGAAUAUCGAUUAACAGCGUAUUCUUUAUAUGCAGCUGUUUCUGUUGGGUUAGAAACAGAUGAUAUCAUAUCAGUGCUUGAUAGGCUGUCAAAAUUUCCAAUUCCAGAAAAUAUUGUACAAUUUAUUCAGAUGUAUACUAUUUCAUAUGGAAAAAUUAAACUAGUUUUAAAACAAAAUCGAUAUUUUAUAGAAAGUUCUCAUGCAGAAAUUCUGCAAAAACUUUUAAAAGAUGAAGUUAUUGGACCUUUACGUAUUGAUCCAGAGUCUUCAAAAAAUAAAUUAAAUUCUAUGAAUUUUUCACAAAUUAAUAACAUUGCUUCAGAUAAAAAAAAAUGUAUAGAAGAUAAAAACAAAAAAUCGGAAGUUAGUGAUUCCAAGAAUGACGCAGAAAAUGAAACACCAGAUAUAUCCAAUCAAAUAGUUAAAAAUGAAAUUAAAGAUUUAGAUAAUAGUAAAGAGCCUUUUCCAAUUAUCGAUAUUGGUCACGAUGACGACGACGAUGAUGAUAAUGUCCACUCGUUUGAAAUACCAUCAUCUUCUGUUGAAGUCGUAAAAAAACGCUGUUCUGAAAUUGAUUAUCCAAUGCUGGAAGAAUACGAUUUUCGAAAUGAUACAUCUAAUCCUGAUCUGGAAAUCGAUUUAAAACCAUCUACUCAAAUUAGAUCAUAUCAGGAAAAAAGUUUAAGUAAAAUGUUUGGAAAUGGUCGUGCAAGAUCAGGAAUCAUUGUACUACCAUGCGGAACAGGAAAAACGUUAGUUGGAAUUACUGCAGCAUGUACAAUUAAAAAAAGUGUUUUAGUAUUAUGUACUUCUUCUGUUUCUGUAAUACAAUGGAAACAACAAUUUUUACAGUGGAGUAAUAUUAAAAGUGAUGAUAUUGCAGUUUUUACGUCAGAUAAUAAAGAAAAGUUUAAAGGAGAAUCCGGUGUAAUUAUUUCAACUUAUUCAAUGAUUGCAAAUACUCGGAAUAGGUCUCAUGAUUCUCAAAAAAUUAUGGAUUUUUUAACAUCACGUGAAUGGGGAUUUUUAUUAUUAGACGAGGUUCAUGUUGUACCUGCAAUUAUGUUUCGUCGAGUAAUUACAACUGUUGCUGCUCAUGCAAAAUUGGGUUUAACAGCUACUCUUGUUCGUGAAGAUGAUAAAAUUGACGACCUUAAUUUUUUAAUUGGACCAAAAUUAUACGAAGCGAAUUGGCUUGAUUUGGCACAAAAAGGCCAUAUUGCAAAUGUUCAAUGUGCUGAAGUAUGGUGUCCAAUGACUACAGAAUUUUACAAUGAAUAUUUAAACGAAACUUCUCGCAAACGUAUGCUUCUUUAUAUUAUGAAUCCUAAUAAAUUUCAAGCUUGCCAAUUUUUAAUUGAUUAUCAUGAAAAAAGAGGUGAUAAAAUAAUAGUUUUUUCUGAUAAUGUCUAUGCCUUAAGAGCAUAUGCAUUAAAAUUACAAAAAUACUUUAUAUAUGGUGGAACUUCUCAACACGAACGAAUGAAAAUUUUAGAAAAUUUUAGAUACAAUGAUAUGGUAAAAACAAUUUUUCUUUCAAAAAUUGGAGAUACAUCUAUUGAUCUCCCAGAAGCGACAUGUUUGAUUCAAAUAUCUUCUCAUUAUGGUUCCCGUAGACAAGAAGCUCAGAGAUUGGGCCGUAUUUUACGGGCAAAAAAAAGAAAUGAUCAAGGAUUUAACGCCUUUUUUUAUAGUUUAAUAUCUAAAGAUACUAUGGAAGUUUAUUAUUCAGUUAAGCGUCAGGCUUUUUUAGUCGACCAAGGUUAUGCAUUUAAAGUUAUUACUCAUUUAAAGGGAAUAGAAAAUGUCCCUAACUUAGCAUUUUCCACUCCUGCUGAACAAAGGGAAUUAUUACAAGAAGUUUUGUUACAAAAUGAAGAUGCAGCUGAUAUUGAUAAAAGUGAUGAAAGGGAAAAUUAUUAUGAUAAUUUUAUGAAAAAAUCUAAAAAAGAACUUUACAACACUACAAAGGUUAAACGUAGUAUUGGCAAUUUAAGUACUCUAUCUGGAGGCAAUGAUUUUGCAUAUAUUGAGUAUAAUAAAAGCGCAAAUAAACAACUUAAAGAUUCCGUAGUAUCCCGAAAUCCAAUCAUUAAAAAAUUUUAUGCUCAAAGAAAACGUUAA